AGUGUGUGAGCGUGUGUGUUUUGGAGAGAGCAGCAGGCUGCUGGACAUGCUGAGAUCUGCCUGCCGUCUGGGAUCUUGAGAGGAGCGCUGUGAUUCGUGUCGCUCCGCAGGCGCACGGAUGAGGAGAGCUUAUCUGACAGAAAGGGUUUGUAGCCAUGCAGGGCAAGACGGGGAAAGCGCCCAAGAAGGAGCUGGUGAUCGAGUCUCCUCAGCAGUUUAAAUAUGUUCCUGUGCUGGAGGAAGAGCAGGACGGUGCUGGUCCUCAGGGGAAGGUGAAGCCGCGUGUGGUGGAGCCUCUGGACUAUGAGGGUGUGCUGGUGCAGAGGAAGACUCAGAUCCUCAGCGAUGGACUCAGGGACAUGCUGCAGUUUCCUCUGGAGGAUUUUCAGGUGUGUACACUGCCACGACAGAUCCGGACGUUCUACCCCUCCAUUCCUCCACAUGCACUGAGAGAAGCACAGAGUCUGUUUGUACAAGAGUGCAUCAAGUCUUACAUCUCCGACUGGCAUGUGGUCAACUACAAAUAUGAGGAUUAUUCCGGUGACUUCCGUCAGCUUCCCAACAAAGUGUCCAGACCUGAUAAUUUGGCCCAGCAUGUCUUUGAGGUGGAUGAAGACGCAGAUAAAGAUGAGGACACUGCCUCUCUUGGCUCCCAGAAGGGUGGUCUCAUUAAACAGGGCUGGCUACAUAAGGGCAACAUGAACAGCGCCAUCAGCGUCACCAUGAGGUCGUUCAAAAGAAGGUAUUUCCACCUGACGCAGCUGGGCGAUGGCUCGUAUAAUCUCAACUUCUACAAGGAUGAGAAGAUCAACAAAGAACCCAAAGGAACCAUCUUCCUGGACUCUUGUAUGGGAGUGGUGCAGAACAACCGUGUGCGGAGGUUUGCGUUCGAGCUGAAGAUGCAGGAUAAGAGUGGCUACGUUCUGGCCGCUGACUCUGAGAGCGAGAUGGAAGACUGGAUCAGCACCCUCAACAAAAUCCUCAACAGCAGCUUUGAGCUCGCCAUGCAGGACAAGAGGAACGGAGACUUGCACGAUGAUGAUGAACAGUCGAAAAGCGAUCACUCCUCCAGCAGUAUGGACAGUUUUCAGAGUGCCAGAGACAUCGAGAGCAAGAUGAGAAAUGAGACACGGCUGAAGCUCUUUACACUGGACCCAGACUUACAGAAACUGGAUUUCUCUGGGAUCGAGCCAGAUGUGAAGCCCUUUGAGGAGAAGUUUGGGAAGCGAAUCCUGGUGAACUGUAACGACCUUUCCUUCAACCUGCAGAGCUGCGUGGCGGAGAAUGAAGAGGGGCCAACCACUAACGUCGAGCCCUUCUUCGUCUCUCUGUCAUUGUUCGAUAUUCAAAGUGGACGCAAGAUCUCCUCGGACUUCCACGUGGAUAUGAACCAUCCGUCAGUGAAAGCGCUGCUGCCCCCGGCGGGAGCUCACAACAGCAGCGCAGCGCCGGAGAGCCCACAGACAGCUCAACCCACAGCCAGCAGCCUGACGGAGAGCGCCGUUCAGUUUCCACGACAGGGAGUGUUUUCGGUGACCUGUCCGCACCCGGACAUCUUCUUGGUCGCUCGGAUAGAGAAGGUCUUACAGGGUGGCAUCACACAUUGUGCCGAGCCUUAUAUGAAGAACUCUGACUCUGCCAAGGCAGCUCAGAAGGUUUUGAAGAACGCUAAGAUGGCCUGCAGCCGGCUGGGUCAGUACCGGAUGCCGUUUGCGUGGGCCGCUAAGCCGCUGUUUAAGGACGCCUCUGGGACGGUGGACAAGAGCGCUCGGUUCUCGGCUCUCUACCGACAGGACGGCAACAAGCUCUCCAACGAGGACAUGUUCAGACUGCUCGCGGACUUCAGGAAGCCAGAAAAGAUGGCCAAGUUGCCGGUGAUUCUGGGUAAUUUGGACGUCACGGUGGAUAACGUCGCACCGGAUCUCGCCAAUUGCGUCACGCCGUCCUAUCUUCCUCUUCGUCAGACGGAGGUGGCGGACUGGAGCAGGAUGGUGUUCGAGGUGGAGGAGUUUGUGCCGUCUAUCGCUAAAUGCUCCCAGCCUUUCACAAUUUACAACAACCACCUGUACGUGUAUCCACGACAUCUCAAAUACGACAGCCAGAAGAGCUUCACCAAGGCCAGAAAUAUCGCUCUGUGUCUGGAGUUCAGAGAUUCGGAUGAAGAAGACGCUCUCCCACUAAAGUGUAUUUAUGGGCGUCCAGGAGGGCCUCUGUUCUGUAAGAAAGUAUUUGCUCCGGUCUUACACCACCAGCAGAACCCAGAGUUUUAUGAAGAGUUUAAGAUAGAGUUGCCGGCUCAGCUGACGGACAGACAUCAUCUUCUGUUCACUCUCUAUCACAUCAGCUGUGACAGCAACAGCAAAGCCAGCACUAAGAGACGAGAGCAGGUGGAGACACAAGUGGGUUAUGCGUGGCUCCCUCUGCUGAAGGAUGGCAGAGUCAUCAUGAAUGAACAGCAGGUGGCAGUGGCUGCAAACCUGCCUUCAGGUUACCUGAGCUACCAGGACAACAGCAGCAAGCAGCACACAGGUCAAGAGGUGAAGUGGGUGGAUGGUGGUAGGCCUCUGCUCAAAGUCUACACACAGCUGGUGUCCACUGUAUACACACAGGAUCAACACCUGCAUAACUUCUUUCAUCACUGUCAGAGCACUGAAUGCACAGGCCAGUCGGGAGGAGAGCUGAUCAAAUACCUGAAGAGUCUGCACGCCAUGGAGGCUCACGUGAUGGUCAAGUUCCUCCCCACAAUCCUGAACCAGCUGUUUCGUGUGCUCACCAUCUCCGGUCAGGAUGAUAUUGCCGUGAACGUCACCAGGGUGAUGAUUCAUGUCGUGGCUCAGUGUCAUGAAGAGGGUCUGGAGCAUCACUUGCGUUCUUAUGUGAAGUACGUUUUGAAGGCUGAGACCAACUUAAGCAAUGGUAAAACGGUCCAUGAGGAGCUGGCCAAAGCCAUGAUGACCAUCCUGAAGCCCUCGACCGACUUCCUCACCAGCAACAAACUACUGAAGUACUCCUGGUAUUUCUUUGAGGUUUUGGUCAAGUGUAUGGCACAGUACCUGAUUGAGACAGGCAAGGCCAAGGUGUCUAGGAACCAGCGUUUCUCAGCUUCGUUCUAUCACUCCGUGGAGACCUUGGUGACUAUGCUGAUGCCUCAUAUCACACAGAAAUACAAAGACAACCUGGAUGCCACACGAAACGCCAAUCACAGCCUUGCUGUCUUCAUCAAGCGCUGCUUUACCUUCAUGGACAGAGGGUUCGUCUUCAAGCAGAUCAACAACUACAUCAGCUGCUUCAUGCCCGGAGACGCAAAAACGCUGUAUGAGUUUAAGUUUGAGUUUCUGAAGGUGGUGUGUAAUCACGAGCACUACAUCCCUCUCAAUCUGCCCAUGCCGUUUGGGAAGGGCCGGAUCCAGCGCUUUCAAGAUCUUCAGCUGGACUACUCUUUAACGGACGACUUCUGCAAGCAUCACUUCCUGGUGGGGCUGUUGCUGAGGGAGGUGGGUGGAGCUGUGCAGGAGUUCAGAGACAUCCGUCAGAUCUCUGUACAGGUGCUGAAGAACCUGAUGAUCAAGCACACCUUCGACGACCGUUACUCAUCCAAGGGUCAGCAGGCUCGCUUGGCUACGCUUUACCUGCCUCUGUUCAGUCUGCUGCUGGAAAACGUCCACAGGCUCAACAUCAAAGACGUGCCGCCCGUCACCAACCAGACUAACAUUAAUGGCCGUGAUGAACAUGUCAUGAUGACCCCUACAAAAAGUACAGCCAGUCCGGUGGACAGCAGCCUGCAUAAAGAGGUGUUUGGAGUGAUUUCAGGAACAGUCUCUCCUCACACUCCGACCGUGAGCUCUGUACGACACACUGACUCACGCAGCUCUCUUAUCAGCACCGACUCUGGAAACGGCCUAUCAGAGCGCAGCAUUGACAAGCCACACCCCCUAGACAAGCGGGAGCGCUUCACUCGCCGUCACUCGGCCAGCGUGCUGCGUUUCUUUACUGACUCAGAGGACACUCCGCUCUCUGCACGUCUCAAACGCCAGACCAUGGACUUCUCUCUGCUGUCUACGCCGUCUGAGCAACACACACACCCUACACAAUGUCAUGUCGCUGGGGUUCUGGGCAGCUCUUUGCUCCGCUGUGAUAAAUUGGACCAAUCUGAAGUGAAGAACAUAUUAAUGUGCUUCAUGCACGUGUUAAAGAGCAUGUCUGAAGAUGCUCUGUUCAACUACUGGAAUAAAGCUUCACCCACAGACCUGAUGAAUUUCUUCAGUCUGCUCGAAGUGUGUCUUCAUCAGUUCAGAUACAUGGGAAAGAGACACAUUGCAAGGACUCUGGAGGGAUCAGGGCCGGUGGUUCACGAGCGCCGCUCUCAGACUCUUCCUGUGUCCCGCAGCAGGACAGGAGCCCUGCAUAUGAGACUACAACAGCUUAACAGCCUGGACAACUCUUACACCUACAACCACAAUUACAGUCAUUCAGAUGCUGAUGUGUUGAAUCAGUCUCUGUUGGAAGGAAAUAUUGCCACAGAAGUUUGUCUAACAGUUCUGGACACACUGAGCAUCUUCAUCAUGGGCUUUAAGACUCAGCUGAGUUUGGAUCACGGCCACAAUCCACUCAUGAAGAAGGUCUUUCAGGUUCAUCUAUGCUUCCUACAAAUCAACCAAUCAGAGACGGCCCUCAAGCAGGUCUUCACUUCUCUUCGCACUUUCAUCUAUAAGUUUCCAUGUACGUUUUUCGAGGGCCGUGCGGAUAUGUGUGCGUCUUUCUGCUACGAGAUCCUGAAGUGCUGUAACUCCAAACUGAGCUCCAUCCGCAGCGACGCGGCUCAUCUGCUCUACUUCCUGAUGAAGAGCAACUUCGACUACACUGGACGCAAAUCCUUCGUCCGCACACACCUGCAGGUGGUGAUUGGCGUCAGUCAGCUGAUCGCUGACGUCAUCGGGAUAGGAGGGACGAGGUUCCAGCAGUCGCUGUCAGUCAUCAACAACUGUGCCAACAGUGACAAAACUAUCAAAAACACAGCGUUCCCAUCUGAUGUGAAAGACUUGACCAAGAAGAUCCGCACUGUUCUGAUGGCCACGGCUCAGAUGAAGGAGCACGAGAGAGACCCCGAGAUGCUGGUGGACCUGCAGUACAGUCUGGCCAAGUCCUACGCCAGCACUCCUGAACUCCGCAAGACGUGGCUGGACAGCAUGGCCCGUAUCCACGUGAAGAACGGAGACCUGUCUGAGGCAGCCAUGUGUUACGUGCAUGUAGCAGCGCUGGUGGCCGAGUACUUGAGGAGGAAAGGCACGUUCAAACAGGGCUGUACUGCGUUCAGAGUGGUCACACCAAACAUCGAUGAAGAAGCGUCCAUGAUGGAAGACGUGGGCAUGCAGGACGUUCACUUUAAUGAGGACGUCCUGAUGGAGCUUUUGGAAGAAUGUGCUGAUGGUUUAUGGAAAGCAGAGCGUUAUGAGCUCAUCUCUGACAUCUACAAACUCAUCAUUCCCAUUUAUGAGAAGCGCAGAGAUUUUGAGAGGCUGGCUCACCUCUAUGACACCCUGCACCGGGCCUACAGUAAGGUCACAGAGGUCAUGCACACGGGCAAACGCUUGCUGGGAACCUAUUUCAGAGUAGCGUUCUUCGGUCAGGCAGCGCAGUACCAGUGUAAUGACUCUGAGAUGAACGAGGGGUUCUUCGAGGAUGAAGACGGUAAAGAAUACGUAUAUAAGGAGCCCAAAUUCACCCCGCUGUCCGAGAUCUCUCAAAGACUCCUCAAACUGUAUUCAGACAAGUUUGGAGCUGAGAAUGUCAAAAUGAUCCAGGAUUCUGGCAAGAUCAAUCCGAAGGAUCUGGACUCUAAAUACGCCUACAUCCAAGUGACUCACGUCACCCCGUUCCUGGAGGAGAAAGAGCUGCUGGAGAGAAAGACGGACUUUGAGAGGAGCCACAACAUCCGCCGAUUCGUCUUUGAGAUGCCGUUCACCGUUUCAGGCAAAAAACAGGGCGGCGUAGAGGAGCAGUGCAAACGCAGGACUAUACUCACCACCACGCACUGUUUCCCGUACGUGAAGAAGCGGAUCGCGGUCAUGUAUCAGCACCACGUGGACCUGAACCCCAUCGAGGUGGCGAUUGACGAGAUGAGCAAGAAGGUGCUGGAGAUCAGACAGCUGUGUUCCUGCAGUGAUGUGGACAUGAUCCAGCUGCAGCUCAAACUACAGGGCAGCAUCAGCGUGCAGGUAAAUGCUGGGCCCCUUGCUUAUGCCAGAGCUUUCCUGGAUGAUGCCAGCACUAAGAAGUACCCAGACAACAAAGUCAAGCAGCUGAAAGAAGUGUUCCGGCAGUUUGUGGAGGCGUGCGGUCUUGGUUUAGGUGUUAACGAGCGUCUGAUUAAAGAAGAUCAGCAGGAGUAUCAUGACGAGAUGAAGGCCAACUACAGAGAUCUCACGAAAGAGCUGUCCACCAUUAUGCAUGAGCCUAUCAGUCCAGUGGAUGAUGGGAUGCGCAGUCCUCUUCCUGAUUCGCUGCACAUCUUCAAUGCCAUCAGCGGGACGCCCACUGCCGCCACUAUCCAGGGCCUGCCAAACUCCUCUUCGGUGGUGUGAACCUGACCUUAUGACCUUUCAUGUCACACCUCUCCCAGACGUCACAAAGAGCGGAGGAGAGCCGAGGGAGCUUUCUCUAUGUUUCUGCCUCAUCCAGUGGAUUUCAGCUACUGUUUCCUGUGGAGACUUUAUUGAAAACUGUAUUUUAUUUUGGCCAUUUUGCCAGUUUUUUAAUAGCUGUAGCACAGAGAGCAGAGAAGAGGGAGAAUGGAGCCCACUGCAUUUAUUUGUGCGCUCGCAUCCGAACUAUGACUCUGACUGCAGAGGCUUUUACGUAUUCUAAAACUCUGCAUCGUUUAUUUUGUAUUACUUGUUCAGUUUUUGACUGGUUUGAAGCGUGCUUGGCGUCCGUGUGAUGAGGUCAGCACUCUCACUGGAGGAGCGGCGGAGCUCGUGCAGACACACACACGCUAACGUUCAACAUUACAUUAUCACUUAGCAAAUAUUUUUAUACCGUGGGACAGCUGAAUGUGAUUGUUGUUGUUUUUUUUAUCUGUAUUUAACAGUCUCUGCUCUGCUGUAUUUUAACUGAUAUCGUCCCUAAUGCUUUGAAUAAAAUAU